AUGAAGCUCUUUCACCUUCCAAGAGCGCGCCAACGCUCCCGCCCUACCAUGACACCCACGCGAACGCGCAAGCCGACCCGCACAUCCAAGCCCGACAACAGUAUCUUUUUCCUCCAGCUCGUCAUAUGGACACUCGUCGCCGUCCUCUUCGACGCUUUCUCCGGCGUGUCGGCGGUCACAGCUCCGCCUUCGGUCGACGCCGCCGCAGGUCUGGUCGACGACCCGAAUGCCAGCACGCCCGCAGCCGUCCACCACCGCGAGCUCGUCCGUCCGGGCAGGCACCACCAACUCGCCUCGGCUGGCUCUCGCUUUCGCAGCAUUCCACCCGCUCGCCCAGCCUCUGUCUCCGACCUCGUGCUCGCCAAAACCGUCGUUCUCACCACCGUCGAGGGUGGCCUCUACGCACUCGACCGCGAGACAGGCAAGCAGCUCUGGUCUCUCUCACCGCACUCCAGCCACGAAUCAGACUCACUCCUCCGCCCUCUUGUCACCGCACUCUACGGCAAGGAUCAAAAGUCGUUUGCCGAGCUGGCCCAGGGCGGCCGCACCUUCGCUUCUCCACUCAGCGAAUCCUCCCCGCUCCUCGACAACGGCGGUAUCUACAUCGUCGAGCCCUCUUCGGCGGGUGACAUCUACGUGCUCUCCUCCGCAAACCCCGGCGCAGGCUCCGCAGCCUCCCUCAGCGGCGAGCCGGGAAGCGUGCAACUCGACAAACUCCCCCUCACCCUCCCACAGCUUGUUGAACUAAGCCCUUUCUCGUUCGCAGGUGACGACACGCGUGUAUUCGUGGGUCAGAAGCAGACCACCCUCGUCGAGCUCAACAUCCACACCGGCGAGCUCGGCGCUGUCUUUGGAGGCCGACAGGCCGGCGUCUGGUGCGGCGCUCAGACUCACGACCUCGAUCCAAAUCCGGAUGUAUCAUCCGCGCGAGGCGGUUCCAGCCACUCCUAUCCCGACGCCGAUGCCUGCAUCGACGACGAGACCACCCUCUCUGGCUCGUCGUCCAAGUCCACCUCGCAGCUCGCCUACAUCGGCCGCACCGACUACACGCUCAACAUUCACUCGCGAAGCUCCCCAGAGGCCCUGCAGACCCUCCACUUCAGCACCUUUGCUCCCAACGCUGGCGAUCGAGAUGUUCAGAUCCUCUGGGCACAGGCUGAUCAUCCGGAUCAUCGCGCCAUCCUCGGCAUGCCCGAAGAGGGUAGCGUCGUCUGUUUCAACCUCACCGAGGCCGACCGUGCCUCACGCCACGGCGCUUCGCACGACGACGGCACCCGUGCGCUGUGGUCCAGCGAGCUGCGCGCCAGCCUUGCUGGCGUGUUCGACGUCGUCUAUCCCGCACCGCACUUGCAGAACACCAAGUCGCUCAGCCGGCCGAUCCUCGUGCCGCAUCCCUCCAUCCCGCUCCAUCGCAUCUUCCCGCAGAUCGGAGACGGCCGCGAUCAAGAGUCAGGUGGCUUUGGAGACGCGAGUCCGCUCCGUCGCUCUGCUUAUCUCGGCAUUGCUGGCGACAGCCUCUAUGCGAUGAGCUCGCAUCGCUUCCCAUUGGUGGCCUUCACCUCCAGGGCUGCCGCCGGCCUUCCCGAUGGAUCAAGCUCGCCAUCAGACAGCCAGACGUGGACACCAGGCUUGCCACCCUCGCAGCGCGAUUGGGCGCAUCAAGGCCAGCAGAAGUGCGCCUCGUUCGGAUGCUGGCUCGGCAGCUACUCGCUUCAGGUGGACCCAUCGGCGGAAGGCAGGCUGCGAGACUCUCUCUUGGGAUCUCAUCCAACUCUCGAGAUCGAUGGCGGCCAGCCCAGGCUCAGCAUUGGAGACCGACCCGCCUUUGGGUCUGAUACCCGCCCUUCCAAUGUCAACGAGUCGGAGCAGUCGUCCUCAGCCUCUUCGCAGCCGUCGCGAACGCCAGCGGGACGCAAGAAAGCAUCGCCGAAAACCCGCAGACCCGGCAGCCGAGGAUCUCCCGAUGACUCGGACGCCGAUUCGAAUUCAGACUCGGACACCUCGUCGGGCAAGCCGAGACGACCCUCGGACCCUCUCUCGGACGGCUCUCCUCGCAGCUGGAAGGCACGUCUUGCCAUCGUCCUUCUGCAAGUGAUCGGUGUCCUGGUCGUCUCGGUCUUGGCGGGUGCCACCUAUCUUGGCUUGCAGGAGCAGAAGGCACGCGCCGAGCGACAGGCGGCCGAGAUCGCAAAGGGCGUCGUCUGGAUCCCUGUUCUCAAAGAAGACGAGGCCGGCUUCGCCGGCGAGGCGGGCGCCGAGAAGAUCCGUGCCGAGGAGGAGCGUCAGCUGCAACAGGCGAUUGCCCUGUCGAAGAAGGAUGUCGCUUCUUCCUCCAAGUCGACGCCCGCUUCAGGUAGUUCUGCUCGCGCUGUCUCCGCCGAAGUCAACGAGGACGACGACGAAGACGCCGAAGAGACCCAAGAAGGCGCGGGGUCAUCCAGCAAGAAGAAGCAGAACAAGCGCAGACGCCGCGGAAAGCGCGCAGGCGCCGCAGUUGCAGCCAAGGCUGCCAAGACCAGCGGAGCCGAAGGCAGCCCAGAGCCUGUGGACGCCAACGAAGCAGCUGAAGCGGAAGCAGACGGAGACGACGAUGCGAAGGCCUCAAAAGCGGCGGAGGAUCAUGACAUCGUGGCUGCUACGCCGUCGCGACCUUCGAAAGCGGCGAAAGAAUCGGAGCCGAGCUCGGCGUCCCGGACCAGCGUGUCGGACAGCGUUUCGUCGAAUUCGAAUGACGACGAAGAACCGCUCACGCCGCGCAAGCAGCCCGCGGAGAGAAGAACGAGCAAGGGCAAUGGCACCAGCACGCUGCGGUCGGCGAUCAAGGCGAGCGACAGUCUACAGCGUGCGCAGGAUCUCAUGUCUCCUCAAAUGCGCUCGCCCUUGCUCAACACGGGCUGGGGCGGAUUCGAAGAGGAGGACGCCGCCUCGGUCGGCAGAGCGGCUGCCCAGAUUGCCGCCUCCGGAGCGAGCCAAUUUGCGGGCGCUGCACCGAACAACGGCAUCAGCACGUCGUCGCUCAGCAUCUCGGACGAGGUGCUCGGCUACGGAUCCUCGGGCACGGUGGUGUUCCGUGGCACGUUCCAAGGAAGGGCGGUGGCAGUCAAGCGGCUGCUGCGUGACUUUGUCCAUGUCGCCUCCAAAGAGGUGUCGCUGCUCGAGUCGGCCGACAACCAUCCAAACGUCAUUCGCUACUUCUACAAGGAGCUUACGCCGAGCUUCCUGUUCAUUGCGCUCGAACUGUGUCCGGCAAGUCUUGCCGAGGUGGUCGAGCGACCGGCCGACUAUCGCGAUCUCAGCAACCUGCUGGACCCCAAGAGGGCCUUGCAUCAGAUCACGUCGGGUCUGCGACAUUUGCAUUCGCUUUCGAUCGUGCACCGCGAUAUCAAGCCGCAGAACAUUCUGGUGGCGACGUCGACCAAUGGCAAGCAUCUCAAGAUGCUGCUCUCGGACUUUGGACUGUCGAAGCGCCUGGACGGCGGGGCGCAGACGAGCUUCUCGCAGACGGUCAACAAUCCGGGCGGUACGGUCGGCUGGCGAGCGCCCGAAAUCCUGCGCGGCGACGUCAACCUCGACGCCGGCUCCGAGUCCGAGUCGUCGAUGGGCAACAACCCCAAGGCGAGCUCUUCGAGGGAGGAGAAGCAGCGCCUGACGCGCGCUGUGGACAUCUUUGCGCUCGGAUGUCUGGCGUACUAUGUACUCUCGAACGGCGACCAUCCGUUCGGGUCGCGGUUCGAGCGCGAGAUGAACAUCAUCCGCAAGCGCGUCGACCUCUCGCGACUCGACGGGCUGGGCGAAGAGGGGCACGAGGCGCAGGAUCUGGUGCUCAACAUGGUCUCGCACGACCCGAGGCAUCGGCCGUCGGCAGCCGAGGUGCUCACGCAUCCGUACUUCUGGGAUCCGAACAAGCGGCUCAACUUCUUGCAGGAUGCGUCGGACCGAUUCGAGAUCAUGGACAAGGAUCCGCCCACGGCGGCGCUGGUGCUGCUCGAGUCCAAGGCGCGCAACGUGCUCGGCACCGACUGGCAUCGCCGAUGCGACAAGAUGUUCCUCGACAACCUCGGCAAGUUCCGCAAGUACGAUCCGGCGUCCGUGCAAGACCUGCUGCGCGCCAUGCGCAACAAGAAGCACCAUUACCAGGAUUUGCCCCCAACACUCAAAAAGAUUCUGGGGAGCUUGCCGGAUGGCUACCUCAACUACUUUACAAGGAGGUUCCCCGAACUCUUCCUGCACGUGUACAACACGGUGGUGCAGCAGCCGCUGAUCCGGACCGAACCGGUGUUCAGGGAGUACUUCCACUGCGCGGAACCGGAGCACUAG